UUGAGGUUAUUGUUUUGUUUGUGCUACGUGAAACAAUUCUUGAAAUCUCAAUUUUUUACUUUUGCUGUAAUCAAUUUGCCCUCUAAAUUUAGUUUAACCGUUUUAAAUGACUGAAACGUGAAAGAUGUAACUGCCUCUCAGCGAGCUGAAGUGCUUAUCAGUUUCUGGUCUUGGAUUUUAGACUGGCACUCCUAUCUUGACAAACCCACAUUUCAUGCAGAUUGAUUUAAAACAACAUUUUUCAAUGGCCUGAUGAUGGAUGAUUUAAGUCGAGAAGAGCUGAUCACCAAAUGCAAGCAUUAUUUGUCUCUCGCUCAAAAAGCCAAGCAAGCCAAAGAUGAAGCACUGAAGAAAUUAGAUGAUCUAGACGCAGAAUUGAAAAAAUGUCAAAAUGCAGAUAAGAAAACAAGCGCUAAUGAAACAGAGACUAGAAGUGGUGCUGAUGUAGAUAUUUUGGAAGCACAGUUAGAAAGCUGUGAGAGGAGGAUCUCUCGAUUGUCAGAUGAAAAUGAAAAACUAUUGGUAAAAUUAGAUGCAUCAGAGCUGAAGUGCAAGCAGUUGGAAGGAGAAUUAAAAAACACAAGCAAGAAAGAUGAAAUCGCGGAACUACGUUUGCAGAACCAGAAACUUCAAGAAAAACUGGAGGAAGCAAAUUCAACGCGUAAAGCAGUAGUGAAAAAAUUGGAAGAAGUAUCUAUCGAAACACGUCAGUUAAUUGAAAACUCAGAACAAUUAUCUGAUGACAAUGAGUUACUCAAAAAGCAGGUAACCACCUUGCAAGAUUCAAAGAAAAAUAACGAAUAUGAAAUUGAAAAGCUCAAAGAAAAAGUGGCCAAGCUUCUAGUUGCCGAUGAACUGACGAAAGAGGAAAACGGUAGGUUAGGUAGUGCAGUAGAUACAUUAAAAAAACAAAUACUCGAAAAGAGUAAAGAAAUUGAACAUCUCACCUCAAAAUCAUUGGAGCUGGCACAAAAAAAUGAAUAUAUUUCUGCAUUAUCCACUGAGAUUGAAACUUUAAAAAAGUGUAAUGAAUCGCUUCAACAGGAGUUAGGAAGCCCUUGUCCUCUUGAUUCAGAUAAAAAUACGCUGCUUGCAGAAAAUGAAACUUUGAGAAAUAAACUGGUUUUUGCUUUCGAUAGUGUUACUUCGUUAAAACAGAAGGUUGAAAAUCUAAAGGGAACAGUCAUUAGUGAAUUGAGUGCUUUGCUAUCGCAAAAUGAAGCAAGAGACAAAGACUUACAGGCGGCCAAAGCACAUCUCAGCAGUAUUAAAAAUACAAAAAUAGUUAGUUUGAAACAAAAAGUGUCAAAUUUGCAUUGGAAGUACAAAAAACUUGCAGAAGAAAAUAGUCGACUGAAUAUUGCCUUAAGCGAAAAAACUGCUCUCAGCGAAGAAUUCCUCGUUGAUAAAAAUGAAAUUUCAAAAACUUUAGAAAAUAUCAAAGAGGAAGUAUCAAAACUGAAAUGUGAUAAAGAUCGUCUGGAGUUAGAAAAUGGCCAAUUGAAAGGAGAGUCUGAAACAAUAGUUGUUUCGAAAGAAGACCUAAUUAAGAGUGCUGAAAAGUGCAAGAAACUCGAAGAGGAAAAAUCGCUGCUAGCUGGUGAGAACAUGGAGUUAUCCAAGAAGUUAGAUUCUCUGCAUUCCGAUUUUGUCAAAAUACAAGACAAGUGUAAUGAGUUGGACAAAAAAGCCACGGAUAUGAAUAAUCAGAAUGCAGAAUCCUUCCAAAAAGAAAUUAGUGCCUUAAACAAAGAAAAAUUAGAACUUGAAAAAAAUCUUGACAAAUUGAAAUCAAGUGAAAGUGAAUUAAGUGCAGAAAUGGCCAAUUUAAUUGCACAAAAUAAGGAGUUAUUGAAUGAAAAGCAUUUAUUUGAAAGCACAGAGAAACAGAUGGUCUGUAAUAUUCAAAAUUUAACUGAAGAAAAUGAAAAGUUAAAGGCACAGAACUGUGAUUUUGAAUCUUGCAGGGAUAAACUUAAUUGUGAGAUAGUUGAGCUCACUGAAAAAAUCGAUGCCAUUAGGAAAGAAAGAGAUAAUUUUGCAUCAGAGAAUGAAAGAAUACAUUUAACGUUAAAAAAAUUGCAAGAAAAUUUUGAUCAAACAAAUUUAAGUCAUCAACGAGGGAUUCUCCAACUGAAGAAUCAAAUCAGAAGUCUAGAAAAGGAGAACUCGGAGUUGAUGUCUUGUAAAGAGGAAAAUGAAUCGCAGAAUGAACGUCUAAAAAUGCAAGAAAUAGAACUUAAGAAACUGAGAGGAAGUGUUGAAGAAAAUGAAAAUGUGAAGAAAAAAUUGAAUGAUUGUAUCAAUCUAAUAAAUCAACUAGAAGGGAAAAAUUUAAAGAUGCAGUCUUCGUUAGAGAAGAUGCAAAGUGCAGAUCUCAACAAAACUUCGGUUGCAGUAGAGCAGAAGAAGGAAAGUGCAGCUAUUAUUCUGAGAAAAGUGGAGGAAUUCCAACGUUUGAGACGAGAUUUAAAGGACUUUGUACAAGCUUCAUUUCAAGACCUGUCAACAUUUUCUUCAUUUGUCAAUCAGGAUAUUAUGAACAAAGUGAACGCACUGGUUGAAAACAAGAAUAUGCAUAUGGUUGCAAUGAAGAGGGAUCAUGCUGAAUUGCUGUCGGAGAUGCAGGAAAUGGUUACUAUUUUAAAGCAGCGAGGCGAAUUCAUAUCAAAACUUGAACAAAAAUUAUCGCAGAAGAAUGAAGAGAUUAAAGAAGUUACUUCAUCUUUCACCAGCAGGGUAGAGCAGCUAGAGCAGGAGAUAAGCAUUCUCCUAGCUGAAGUAGACUCAGAAAGAUCAUCGAAAACCUCACUCGAAGAAUCAUUAGUCAAGUGUGAAAAGCAAUUGACCACAAUACAGCAGGAACUUGAAGGUAAAAAUGUAAUUAUUGAUCAGUUAAAGACUGAGUUGUCCAAACUAGAGAGUUCUCUGAAAGAGAAAGAUGAAUUAAUUGUUUCGCAUGAGCAGGAUUUAAGUCGACUGCGAGACUUCCAGGAAAAUGAUACAUUAAGCACAAGCACCAUUAGUCGAACAGAGGAAGCAAACCGAUUGAAGGAUAUCGAAGAAAGUUUUGAAGACAGGUAUGCAAAAUUAAAAGUUGUGGCUGUUAAACUGAAGAAAAAGUGUAAUGACCUUACACGCCAGCUUGAAGCAGAGAGAAACAAAGUUGUAGAGGAGUCCGAAUUGCAGCAGAAAGUUCAGCAGCUAACUGCAAAAUUGAAAAACACACAGUGUCUACAGCAAGAGUUAGAUAAGGCCUAUGACAAUGUUGAACUGUAUCAAAAAGAUUUGAAAGCUAUGCAAAAGAAAUUAGAUGAAGAGAAGCAUGAUAAAAUUAAAAUUUCAGAAGAGCUGGAAACAGUCAAAUUAGAAUUGAAUAAUAAAGUAGGUGAAAUUACAAACUUGUUGAAGGAAAAGAAUGCCCUGAAAACGUCUGUUGAUGCAUUGUCCAAUCAGAUAGAAGUAUUACAAAAAGAAAAGAGAGCCGCUGAAAUGGUGUCUCAGCAGAAAGAGAAAGAAGUUAACAAAAUGCGAGAGAAACUUGUCGAAAAAGAAAAAGAAAUGAUUGCUCAAAGGCAACAAUUGGAGGAAGCAUUUGGUGUCUCUAAAAAACAAAGUAUUUUGAAUUUAGAAUUACAAGAUUAUGAAAAGACUGUCUCGGACUUAACUCAACAAUUAAAUGUUGAGAAGUGUCAUGUGAAAAACCUGCAAGAUGAAUUACAAGAGGCUCAGAAGGCUAAAAAAACCCUCGAUGACCAGAUAGGGACAAUGGAAACACAAAUUUCCUUUGAACGAAGUAAAAGCAUAAAAAUUGCUGAAAAUCUAAGCUUGACUGAAAGUAAAUUAUCUGAGGUUGAAGGUUCUAUAAAAAAAUUCAAGGAUGAAAUCAGUAUGAUAACUUCAAAUCUUGAAAAAGAGAAGUGCCACAGUGAGGACCUGUCAUUACAAUUAGCAGAAGUCUCAUCUGAGUUCACGCAGUUUAAAAAUUCUUCGAUAGCGAAAGAAAGAUCCCUUGUUGAGCAAAUAAAUACUCUAACAGCCCAGCUAGACAAAACCAGAAAGUUGUUGCACGAGUCGCAAGAAGAAUGUGAAACGAUGAAAUCUGAGUUUCAAGCCUAUAAAAUUAGGGUGCACAGUGUUCUUGAAAAACACAAAAAAGAAAACACAAAUCAAAAAGAGGAAGAAGUCAUGAGAAUUCGGUUAGAGCAGUUAGAAGAAUCCAAUAAGGCUCUGAAAUUACAAUUAGAAAAUGUAUCUGUUGAUUUGGACACGGCUAAGUUCAAUUUGAAUAAAGCACUAUCAGAGAAAGAAUCAUGCGAUAAAGGUCUGAAAGAAGCCAGAACAACUUUGUCCAAGAAAAACAAGGAACUAGAUGAGGUCAAAAAUGAGCUAAAGGCGUUCAAAGUUAAGACUGACCUCUUAAUUUCUUGCCAUAAGUCGCAAAUGGAAGAAGCAAGGUUGAAGUAUGAAACUGAGCUACAAACUCUAAGAGGAAGAAUUUCUGCACUUGAAAUUGAAUCAUCUAAGAUAGAACAAGAUGCAAUGAAAACUAGUUCUGAUUCCCUCAAACAGUCGAACCCUGAUUUUGAAUUUUCUGCAACCCGUGAAGAAGGGGAAGGCUCUGAAAACACAGACAUAACCCCUUUGUCUUACAAUUUGCCUCAUCCUAGAAAACAAACUAUAAUGCCAUUAGAACAGCUAUUAGAAGCCUCUGAUUUGAAUUCUGAAAAUGAAGUUGUUCAAAUAGAUGAGCUGAAACAUGAUUUAGCAACAUAUCAGUCCCAAGUGCAACAUUUAUCUGCUUUGCUAAAUGAGUCUGAAAAGAACAACGCCCGCAAUGAGCAGCUGAAUUCAUUUUUGAAAGAAGAAAUUCGUCGAUUAGAACGCAGUCUUGAAAGACAACCUCACAUCACUAAUUCAGAGUAUUUGAAAAAUGUCAUUUUUAAAUUUAUCACCUUACAGAGUGGUGAUGAAAGAUCUCGUCUGGUUCCUGUCCUUGAUACGAUUCUUAAAUUGAGUCCUGAUGAAUCUAAGAAAUUGUCAGCUGUUGCCAGUGGUACAGCAGAAACACCUGCUGGGUGGAAUUUUCUUAGUUGGUAAAUAAAUUUAGCUAGAAUUCAUUUUUCAAACUUUGUUACCUGUGAUUUAAUCGGAACGAGGGUCUGAAUGGAACACUUCAGAAGUACCCUCCUUAGUUUUAGUUCAAGUUAUACCAACACUUAAACUGAAGAUGUUACAAACGUUUUUCUGCAAAGUAUAUAAUGAUUUUUAAAAAAUGAAGUGAGUACGACCUCAGUCUUUCUCUUAGCUCUGCUUUUUUGGGGGACAAAAUGUUCUUCUUUCUUGAGUUGGUUUUUGUCAUUGUGCCAGGGUUAGGUGAAAUUCAAUGCUUGAUGACCCUUUACCCAAUAUAUUUGCUGAUGAGCUUACUUGGGUGUAGCUUAUGAAGCACAUAUUUUUCCUACACUUGUCUUCUUUUCGUAUUUUUCCAUUGGCAGAUCAAAGAGGGCAUCCCUCUCCUCUUCUUUCCAUCUACCUGUUUGAGGUGUCUACAUUAGCCUCUGGUUAGGAGAGCCUGUAGAAAGUAAAAUUAGCAUGUAUAAUUAAGAAAACUGUGAUGUUAAGUUUGUAGUUUUAUUUCAUGUGAAUUUGAUGUAAAUUAUUCAUGAGUUUCUUACAAGGCCAGUAAAAUAUUCCCAUUAUCUACCAUGAAUUUCUGUAGAAAAUCCUCUAGCUUUUAUUAAAAUUUAAAUCAGAGCAAAUUAUGUCUGAAUUUGAAUUUUUCCCGUUAUCUAUUUAAAAAGGAAUUAAAAUUCAGUGUUUUGAUUCAGAAAAGUUUCAAUGCUGCAAGUGAAGAACAUAAGCCAGCCGGAUAGAUUUUAGUCCUUGUCACCUACUUAUUUUAGGCAUACAAUCGCAUAUCUCAGAUCUGUAUUUUCAAAGCACAUUUAUCAUUUAUAACAGCGAUUCUCAAACGUUCUAUCUCACAAACUUCCCUCCCUCCUUCAAAUCAGUGACUUAUUUUUGCAUCUGAUGUAUGUCUUGAAUACAUUGAGAAACAAACCUGCUAGCAGGUUAGGGAUAAUGCUGGGAUGUGCUGUCAUCUUGUCGAUUUAAAGCACUGUGUGUCAAUCGCAGAUUCAAAACCCUGAUAUAACAUGAGCACAAAAAGUUCCUAAUGUUCCUAGUUCAAAUCAUUGUAUUCAUUCAAAUCCCCUUUAUGUAAGAUGUAAAAAUUUUCAUACUGUGUUGGCCAUCCUCUCAAGUUCAAGCAAUCCUAAAUAACUUAAUUAGAUUUUAUUCUUUAGCUUGCUAAAACUUCCUGGAAUUGUCUUAUUGAGUUCAGCAGCAAUAGUUGAUACAAAUUAGCAGGAAAUAAGUUAAUCGGUUGUAUAAUUUUUGUUUCAAUCCGGUAGAGAAUGUUCCAAUUGUCUCCUGAAUGUUUCCAAGCUCAUAAUAUAAUUUUUUAAAAGAAUGUUUCCCAAAACACGUUUGAUGUUGUGAGUUUAAAGAAAUACUACAUGCUGAUUGAUCAGCAAAGUUUCUUGCUUCUCAGUUUGAUGUCAUUGUUAAGUAAGGAACAGGAAUAAAUUAACAACUUUUGUAAAUUUGAAAAGAUGAUUCUAGAAUUGCAUAAAGAAAAAAUACAUACAAAAUAUGUUGUGUGUUUAAAAUAAUCGGGUUUUCUAUGCCCCACAAACUCCUUACAGGAAAUGAAAGUAAUAUCGUUUAACCUGUUCUUUUAGAAGUCUGUGAUUUCCAAGCAAGUUGAAUAAAAGAAAAAUAGAAUUCCAAGCUUGGACUGUAAUUUAAGAGUUUAAAGCCACUAUUUCUUCUUGGUUCACAAUUGUUUCUUAUAUGAUUUCCAACAUUCCGCUUGUUUAUUUCCAACCAAAAUUCACGUGAAACAUCUCUAAAUUGGAUGACAAUGUAUUAGUGAUUAGCAUGUAGUAGCAAAGUUCAGUUUUAGCUAGUUUUUGUGGGAAAUAACAUUUUUCAAAUUUAUGAUACCCCUGCAUUAUUAAGGAACUUUUAUACUAUUUUACUUCAGUAAUUCUGUAGCAUCACCCUCCUUUAAUAAAUUUUUAAAAAUUUUUCUCUGUGAAACAAAUUUUGGUUGGCGAACAUAGACUUCCAUUAUAUUUUUCUCUUACAUUGUUACCUAAUCUUUGUUUUUAAUGUCAAUAUUUUAAAUGACAAGAUUCAUGAACAGGAAACGAAGGGAAACAAGAGAGGUUAAAUAAAUUCAUUUUACAGCUAAGUAGUGAAUUUAGUAGGGUCAGCCUGACAGUUUGAGCAAACACAAUUCACAGAACGAAGGUGCAAGUGGCAAUACUUGAGAUUAACAAUUUCUCAAUACUUAGAAUGAAGAAAUUGGAAAAGUUGUUGAGUGAAUGGAAGAUAAUGUUUGAAGCUCUCAAAUGAGGCUUAUCUGCACCAAACCGCAAUCUUAUGUUUUUUCUCUCUCUCUUUCAUCCGGUGUGCUAUGUAAUAUCCCUAUCAUAUGUGUUAAUCUCUCUUUUUUGAUACUACCAAAAAUAAUGGAUGGAUCAUAAAAAAUGUGCUAUCUUUGAAGAAAUAAUCAAUCCUAUUUUUGUUUAGUGUGCUUCUACCGGCUUUUUUUCUAUUUGCAGUGAAUGAAUCAUUCAGAUUUUUGUGUUAAUGUAACUAAUUGAAUUUAAUACUAUUUUUUGCUGCUGUUUUAAUUGAAAUAAGGAAGAUUUCGGUGAGUGCAAGUAUUUGCACCUCUAAGGAGCACAAGGUACGCUAUUUUCCCUCAGUUUAUAACUGCUGCAGGAUUUCAAUACAUAAUCUCCUUUAGUUAAUUAUUUUAAGUUAUUGAUCGACUGUUGGUGAUAAUAAAGUAAUUUAUUCAGUUUCAA